UUGGCAGCAGGCCUGUGCAGCGCCUCGCUUAUGGACGGCUGCCCGGCUCCACUGUUCGUCAUCGCGUUUUUUCCAGCGUCCUCCUGCGUAUGCAUGUAUGCGACCGACGGGCUGAUUUCAUAACGUGGAGAGAGGAAGAGAGGAAUGGGGCAGUGAGAUCGGAUGUGCACCAGAACCUGGUAGGCAGUACAUUGCACCAUCAGUGUUAUUAUUAUCUUCACACGCGGGCCAUGCAGACAGUGCUUGAAGAGGCGAUGCGGUAGGUAGUGCAGGCUGCUGCUGAUGCUGCUGUCCGAUCAGCUGUUAUUUUUGUCUUGAGCAUCAUCGCCGUGAAAGAUCGAGAUCAAGGGACACCACCACCGCAGAACCGGAUAACAGAGGAUGGAGUUCAAGCAUCUGGUGGAGGCGGCGGAGAAGUGGUGCUCCGGUAACCCUUUCGACCUCAUAUUCGCCGAGGAGGACGACGAGAGGCGGCUGGACUUUUACGCAGAGCCCGGCGUCUCCUUCUACGUACUGUGUCCCGGAGGCAACGACAGUUUCCACGUGUGGAGCGAGAGUGAGGACUGCCUUCCCUUCCUACAGUUGGCCCAGGACUACAUCUCCUCCUGCGGGAAGAAGACCCUUCUGGAGGUGCUGGAGAAAGUCUUCACGUCCUUCAGGCCUCUGCUGGGUCUGCCAGACAUAGAAGACGACAGUUUUGAGCACUACCACGCUGACAUGGAGGGGGAACCGGGGCCCGACCACCAGCAGAUGGGGGUCAGCCAGCAGUGAUGAAUCCCCGGGACAAGGCCUGCAGCUGGGGUAGAGCUGCUCCGAAGCUCUGGGCCUCAACUCAUCAGCCCAAAACACUUACACUCUAAUCCAAACACACACAUACUUACGGCCAACUUGCUAAAAAUGCACCACCAUGUUCUUGAAUGUCAGUGGCUUUGCUUCCCAAAGAGUGCACUCUGGUGCACUGUAUUGAACGCCCCCCCCCAAACACACACACACACACAUUGUUAUAGAAGCUGCUGGGGCUACGUGAGCGGUAGCCACGUACAAUGCAAGUAUCAUAAUCAUUCACUAUCGGGUUAGUAAAAGUUCCACAGCACAGCAAUAUUACAUCAGCCUCAGCUGGCUUUGUUAUGCAGAAAAACAGAAAGAUGUUACCGCAAUACACACACUUCCCCCGUGACUUUGGAGAUGAAUGUGACCGAUAACCUACUUUCUCUGCCAGUCUGUUGACACAGAGGAUACACGAGAGCUAGCUGAAAAAACGGGUGUUAGACUGACAGUUUGUGGCUACGUGAAUCAACUGAAGUGAAGCAGAUUAAGAGAAAGAAAAGAAUAAAAAGAGGUGAAGCGGUUUAGUUUUCCACUUCAAACAAGGAGGAAAAACACUGAGAAAAGUAGACUGUAAUUAAAUGAAUUAUGUCUACAGAUUUCCUAUAACGGUAUAAAGUUAGUUAACCUGCUUAGAAAGCAAUAAUAUUAAGUUUAAAUAGAAAAUAUUAGGUUCAACUCAAUAUCAUUGCUUUCCACUAACCUAAUACAGUUAUGUGAAAUCUGUUGACAUUUUGCAUUUAAUUAAAGUUCAGUUUUUUCACUGAAUUUAGGGAAGUAUAGCUGGGACGUAGAUUUAAACUAGUUUUAAAUACAUGGUUAAAAUAGUCGCAUAGGUUACAGUAAAAAAAGCAUUUUUACACCUCAUGUGGAAAUCAAAAUGUGCAGCUUUACAGUAGCAUGGAUCAUUUCUUGAGGUCUCUUAAUGUUUCAAAGGCAGUGCACCUCAAAGAGUCACUUAAUGAGGACGUUUUUAAUCAAUGUUACUAUCAUAUGACCAUCACAACAAAGGCCCAUGCUGCAGCUUAAGCCCUUCCCCGGGCUCAUUGUCACAUGACACCCUUCUGUCCUGUAGUCUUCCUGCUUGUUCACAGUGUGCCCUUCUUUCUUAGCACAAUUAUAAUGAGUUCCCAAAUCUAGCCACUAUUUUUCUUUUGGCGUGUGUUGUUUUGGAAUCUAUCGGCUCCUUUUACAAGGUUUUCUCUUCAUCAUGAAGUGCACAACUAAUUCCCUAAAUGAUAUCAGAUGGAGGGAGACAAUAUUCGUUGCCUGCCACCUUCUGCCUGCCCUGUUAUCUCACAGUGUGUUGUUGUAUGUCACAUCCAGCGCACUGCAACGCUUCCUCGCCUUUCAGAAACACAUGCAAGACUGUUUUCAGAGAUUCAUCUUUAGCCUGUUUUCUUUGGCUUGUAAAUGUUUGUCCUUUUUAUUGCCUAUUUGAAUGUUUUAUCACGCAGUGUAUCUUUUGUUUGUCCUCCGAUGUGUGUGGAAUUGUUCAAUAAACCGUGUGAACAAAGUG